AUGGUCAGAUUCAUUUUCUCUCUGAUUGUGACGAGCUCAAUUGCAUUGGCCAAGUUGACCUUCAGCAGUCACCCUCAGCAACCUAUCCAGGAUGAUGGAAUACAAGUGAUCUCCCCAAUCCGUGAUGCCUUGGUUAAAUCCUAUGUAAUUCCUGAAGUUCUCGACGAUUUUUAUCCAACUUUCACUCUGUACAUAGCCUACCCUCCAACCCACACCACCACACGUUUAGGGAAUAACGUCACGACGAACCACACCUGGACAACACCAGUCCUCGAAUUCCACCACUUAAGCCGCCCCCCGAUGAGUCCGAUGCCAGCCCUGCAAACCGAAAAUGUCUACACCGUCGCCCUCACAGACCCAGAUUCAAGGAACCACGACGGCUCCAGGAGCGAAAUGUGCCACUGGAUCGUAUCUAAUCUCUCAAAUAUGGAACUUUCUCCAGAAUACCAUCCGUUUGAAUUAGAACACAAUGUCGAUGACUACUCCCCUACUCCCAUACGGACCUUCACCCCAGAAGUCUUGGUGCCAUAUCUUGCCCCAUGGACCCACAAUGGAACUGAUCCUCAUCGCCUUGUCUUCGUGUUGUUAGAGGGCAACUCGUCUACGGCGAACAAUGUAACUGUGCCGAGGGAUAGGAAGGAUUGGGGCUAUGGUGAGCGCGGGUAUGGGGUACGGGAUUGGGCGACGGAAAAUGGGUUACAUGUUGUGGGGGCUAAUUUUUUUUGGGUGGAGAACGGCGGAUGGUAA